AUGGUCGAAACAAACAAAAUCAAAACAACAACAAUAACAACAACUAUACUCAUUUUCCUCAUCCUAGCUCUUCUUCCUCUUCCUCCGCCUAUACUUCUACCUAUUCUUCUUCUUCGUCACCUUCUUCUCCACCUCCUUCCCGUCGCCCCACGCGUUGUCACCAGACUGGCAGGGUGAGUCCGCUCACUCUGGCAGACUGGGAUGUUCGUUCCCCUUUAAACAAUCCGAGGUCCAACCGACCGGAGCGGAGGACAGCUCUAGUGGCACGAGAACUGGCGCGCUACAAGGUGGACAUCGCCGCACUCAGCGAGACCCGAUUCUCCGAACAGGGACAACUGGAAGAGGUGGAUGCCGGUUACACCUUCUACUGGAGUGGUCGGCCCAGGGCAGAGCGAUGA